AGCUGCAGGCUAAUCAGUGAGAUUAAAAGUUUUUUUUAUUUGCUCUGGUAUCAAAUUAGUUUUAAUUACCAUUUCCAAAACCGAAGGUCGCUCCUCAGAUUAGUGUCAGUUUCUACGCAUUCGUUCCGUGCAGUAUUGAGACUCCUUACAGGGAAGCAAAAUUGCGUAGGAGAACAGCAUCAACAAAGGGUAGACGUCUGGGCGACUAGUGAUAUUGAUUAACUAUUCUGGAGUGGGGUCUGUUCAGGAAAGCCAAAUUUUAGGGUUGACAUCUAUAGAAGGGAAGAACAGCAUCAGUAAAAGGCAGACGUCUGUGCGACUUGGGCCAGUUUGCGUAGUCAAUUUCGUAGGGAAGAAAGAGUGAUUCAUCAAAAUGGUCAAGUUAUACUCUAUGAGUGUGUUCUACAAAGCGCCGAAUGAGGCACGUCUGCUGAAAUCAGCCUACGAUCUGCAGAGUUUCUCAUUUUUCCAGAGAGGAUCUGUUCAGGAAUUUAUUAGUUUUGCCAGCAAAACACUAGUCGAACGCACGCAGGCGGCCACCCGUCAGUCAGUGAAGCAGGACGUGUACAUGUGUCACGUGUACGUCCGAGCGGACAGUUUAGGUGCCGUGCUGAUAUCCGAUCAUGAGUAUCCACAUCGUGUGGCGCACACUUUGCUGACCAAAGUGCUUGACGAUUUCAGCGCAAAGGUUAGCAAAGAGCAGUGGCCUACCGGCAGUGAAUCUUCUGUCGAUUUUCCUACGCUGCCCGCUUUACUGACGAAGUAUCAGGAUCCACGCGAAGCGGACGCCCUAACCCGAAUGCAAGAGGAUUUGGACGAAACAAAAAUAAUCCUUCGCAACACUAUAGAAGCCGUCCUGGAGCGUGGGGAAAAACUUGACGAUUUGGUCUACAAAUCCGAGUCGCUUUCAAUACAGAGCAAAGCAUUCUAUAAAACGGCGAAAAAGACCAACUCAUGCUGUAACUUUGGCUAGGCUCCGACGCACCACAAGGAGAAAAAAUUUCAACCCACCAGCGCAUGCUUACUACGGCUAGACGGUUUUCGUUGGACGCGAUAUCGGGUGCCUGCCACCGUUACGGGGUUAUUAGCUUGUAAUAGUUAGGUUUUUAUUUUACCAAACGCUGUCUGUCCGUGUACUGCUGUAUGAAGGGCUUCGUAGGGUAUCUUCUGUAGAAGCCGUCGUUUAAAUAUUCCUCAUAAAGACCUAACCACUAUGUAUUGAAAAGAUUAUGAUCGGGAGAACACAUUCUGCUUAUGUACUGCUGAUAUUUUGAGCGCUUGUUUUAUUGUUUGUAAUAAGGAUGAUAUUGAAAUUUUAACUAUAUUUUUUGUUUUGAUUCAGCAAAAUUGUUUUAGCCAAAUUUAGGACAUAAAAUUAGCUCUAGAACGCAUUCCCUGCUUAUUAGAAACCAAGCGGAGCCUAACUUUAAAAAAAAUGGGAUUUGAAUGACCUCCAAUAAACAGUGGAUGUAGUCUAAAACCCUUCCUUGAUUAAAAAAACAUGUCGACCAGCUGUAUCAGUGUUAUUGUAAAACUAUUUGUUCAACAUUGCAAUAGCCUUAUAAUUUUUCGUGCUAUUUAGGAGCAUUAUUAAAAAAGCGUCGAUAUAAAUAUAAAGAGUACUCUGGGCGUAACGUGCAACAAGAUGCACGCACCCUGUUAACAAGAAAAACAAUACCCAAAAUGUAACAAUAAACAUAAUUUUAGUGUGAAUAUUCAACGUUACUACUGUGAGACAAAUAAAUGCAUCAU